AUGACAAAAAAUCUGAAAUUCUAGAAACUGAAUGAUGCUUUGCCAAAUAUUUAAACAUUUUAGCAUACAAAGAUUUAAUAGGAUUAUCAAGAUGGAUCUAAUACAGAUAGAGUAAUAAAUUUGGUAAAUAAAGUAAAGGCAAAGCUUAAACUAAUAAAUAAUACUCCAGAUGCUAGGUAAUGUAUUGAAUUAUAAUUAGAUUUAAUCGUUAAUUGUAAUAAUUUAAGAUACUUGAUACAUUUGUUGAUACAAAAACUAGGUUAAAGAAAAUGAAUAUUUUAAACAAUAGAGAUUUAUUAGAAUCAGUAAAGAAUUAUCUAAUAAGAAGGAAAAUAGCAAGACAAUUAGGUUAAGAAGAAGCAGAUUUAGAAAAGAUUUAUGAAUAAUAUGAGGUAAAGUUUGAAACAGGAUUUGAUUAAGCAUUUUUAGAUAGUGAUUGUUUUUUAGAUUUAGGAUUGGCUAAGGUUCCAAUACAUAAAACUAAGUUAUUGCCUUAGGAGAAAUUGUAAGACAUUGGUAAGAGGUCGAUAAGUUAAUUUUAAACUAAAUGCGAAUAAAUUUCAAGCAGAGAUUAAUAGACAAAAUCUCAGUAUGAUUAAAACUUAUUUUAUUAUCAUGUUGAAGAUCAUAUAGAAUAAAUAAAAAAAGAGAAAGAAGAAACAGAGAAUUUUAUAUAGAAACUUGGAAAAGUAUCGCUUAGUACAAAUCAUUAAGAUAAGGGAGAUGAGAGAAGAGGAACUUAGAAUUAAUAGUAGAAGAUAGCAUAAAUAGAUUAUGAUAAAGAACUCUUAAAGAUUGUAUUACAAUAUGGAAUUGAUUUAAAUUCAACAGAAUAUUUGGAAGAAGACAUUUAUACUGCAUUCAAAUAGAAAGCUAACGAUUUUAUUAAAUCAAAAAUAAAUGAAGCAAAAGUGAGACAUAAUCAUAAUCUAGAGGAGGAUCAAUUAAAAAAUAAAUAUUAAAUAAGAUCAUAAAAGAAAAGGAUAAGUUCAAUGCUUGAAUAAUAGUUAUUCAACACUUCUAAAAAUUAUCCUCUUCCUAAAUCAAGAUAUUAGGUAGAGAGUUAAGAACAGACUCUUUAAUCUGAAAAUCGGAAGUCAUAAAUAUUAUAAGAAAGAAUGGAUAUUAAAAAGGAAAAAACUUUAUUGUUUACUUAAUUUAACUAGAAAUCUAAGAGAAUUAUAAAUAUGUGCAAUAAGGAUGAACAAAAGCUACUUUAUAAUGAAUUUAUUAAGGAUAUAUAAUUAAUGAAUUUAUAUUUGGAUGAAGCCAUCAUAAGAACAAACUUCAAUAGAAGGCUUUCACAAUUAGGUUUUACAAAAGAAGAUUAAUUUUUAAUAAAGAAAUAAAUUGUACUUCCAGGUAGUUUUACAAGAAAUCAAUAAGAUAAUUAAUGA